UGGAAGAGUCCACGAGAACAAACAGAUCUUUCUUAGUUUCUUGGUUACAUUAGCGUGGUUACAUUGGCUUUUUAUAUGAAAUUAACAAAGGGAUAUAUUACGACUAAUAGCCUCAUGUAUCCCACAUUCAAGGUUUAAACUGUUUAAAAAAAUACGUCAUGACAGGCAGUAUAACUAUCUUAACAUCUUCUGUCAAAUCAAGAUUUUUCCACUAACCCCUCUUUUUUACGAAUAAAACGUAUGUGAUUAUUAAGAGCAAUUAAUAAUCUGCUUUCAUGAAGAAGGCCUUUAUUUUGAAAGCUGUAACGUUACAGUUGUUGAUGUGACGCUCACACUUGCAUAUACGCCGCUUUCCCAACUUACCAGCUACGAAAGAUACAACGGAUGCCUAAACGAAUUUAAUCCAAAGCCCAGGUUAUUUUCUCAUCUUGGCAUCUUUCGGGAUCAUCUGGGUGUGUGUAAUUAUGUGCACCAUCUCAUAGCCUCUUCAUUUCUCGGGAGGCUGAGUGUGUUUGUGGUCUCUGUGAGACUAACAGAGGACUGGAGAGCCCGUGAGAGUCAGGGUUUUCAUCAUCCUCACACUGAGGAGUAUUUCUAUGCAUGUCAUGAUGGGCGACGUCACUGACUUGGACAGACAGAUCGAGCAACUCAGACGCUGUGAACUUAUCAAGGAGAAUGAAGUCAAGGCGCUGUGUGCCAAAGCGAGGGAGAUUCUGGUGGAAGAGAGUAAUGUUCAGAGAGUAGAUUCUCCCGUCACAGUCUGUGGAGAUAUACACGGGCAGUUUUAUGAUUUGAAGGAGCUAUUUAGGGUGGGGGGUGAAGUCCCAGAGACCAACUACCUCUUCAUGGGAGACUUUGUGGACAGAGGGUUCUACAGUGUGGAGUCUUUUCUGCUGCUGCUAGCAUUAAAGGUACGAUACCCCGACCGAAUUACGCUGAUCAGAGGGAAUCACGAGUCGAGGCAGAUCACGCAAGUGUAUGGCUUUUAUGACGAGUGUCUCAGAAAAUACGGCUCUGUUACAGUCUGGAGGUACUGCACAGAGAUCUUUGACUAUUUGUCCCUCUCUGCUGUUGUUGAUGACAAGAUAUUUUGUGUGCAUGGUGGCCUUUCUCCAUCUAUUCAAACUUUGGAUCAGAUCAGGACUAUUGACCGAAAACAAGAAGUUCCUCACGAUGGACCCAUGUGUGACCUGCUGUGGUCCGACCCAGAAGACACCAUGGGGUGGGGUGUAAGUCCCAGAGGAGCUGGAUAUCUGUUUGGAAGUGAUGUGGUGGCACAGUUUAAUGCUGCCAAUGAUAUCAGCAUGAUCUGCAGAGCUCAUCAGCUGGUGAUGGAGGGCUACAAGUGGCAUUUCAAUGAGACCGUGUUAACGGUGUGGUCCGCUCCAAACUAUUGUUAUAGGUGUGGUAAUGUGGCAGCCAUUUUGGAGCUUGAUGAGCAUCUCCAGAAGGAGUUUAUCAUAUUUGAAGCUGCACCUCAGGACACCAGAGGCAUCCCCGCUAAGAGACCUGUGGCUGACUACUUCCUUUGAGAAAAAAUUGGAAGCAUCAGAAUCAACAUCUGUAUAAACUGAUUUGUUGUUUUUUUGUUUUUUUUGCGCUGGCCAACUUUUAUCUGCACAACAUUCUGUACUUCUGUGAAUGGACCAGUUACUGCAUUUGUCGCCUAUUUCUCAUUAGCGUUCACAUUCCUUCCUCAUUACAAAUGUUCUUUCAUCUUGUAAAAUGCAUUUUGAAUCUGUUUUGGCUGUUUCCAAUUAUGUGGUAGAUUUGUAUUUUCAAACUGGUGAUAUUUUUUCUGAAAAAAAAAAAAAGAAUAAAAUAAGUGGGUUUAUAUAUUUGAAUAUAUAAAUCUACAAAAAACUAGCACAUCCACGAACUUUCGGCUAGUUUUUAAUAUGCAA